AGCAGUAUUGAGGAAGAGUUAGUGCUUAAGAAGAUAAUUAUGCUAACAUUAUUGCUAUUACUGAGUUCUGGUGUGAGAGCUAUUUCACUUAGUGACUUCUACCCAUUUGGUACAGAGGCUAAUGAUAGUGUUCUACCUCAGGGUGAUGAUGGCUCAUCUUCUCCCAUCUCGUUAAGUCAAAGAUUUACUCUUUUUGGAAAACUCUAUAGUGUCAUACAUGUAAACAUCAAUGGAAAUAUUUCCCCUGGAGUGCCAUUCACAUCCAGCCAUCUUGAUGAAGUUUCUUUUCCAACAAUCUCACCUUACCGGUUGGAUGUAGACACGAGGGGGGUUGAUGGUGGCCACAUUUGGUAUCGACAGACUACUGAAUCAAUUUUGCUGGAUCAGGCACUGAGUCAUGUGCAGAUUGUGUACCCAUCUGUUUUCAGCCUUGACUAUCUCUUUAUUGCCACAUGGGAUCAUGUUGGCUACUUUGAAAUGCAUACCGAACAGAACAACACAUUUCAAUGUGUAAUAGCUGUUGAUGGUGACCACACCUAUGCCAUAUAUCUUUAUGGUCUCAUCCAAUCAUCAAGAGGAGGCCAGGCAUUGGCUGGGUACAGUGCAGGGAGUAAUGGGAACAGCUCGUACACAAUUCCUGGCUCACUCAGUCGGGAUAUUCUGAGGAUUACGUCAACAACAAACAUUGAAUGUCCAGGUGUGUGGGUGUUUCGACUGGAUGAAGAAGAACUUUUUGUUCCAGAAAAAGGUUAAGUGGUUUCAUGUGCAGUUUGUGAUAAGCAAUAAAACUGAGGUCGUGAGAUUCUUAUCCUUUUAAAAUAGAAAUUUGCUAUCCUUUUCCGAUUAUAUAUGUGCAUGAAACCAUGACAGAGUAUUAUACCAACUGAUCUAACUUGUUGCAACUGCUGCACCAAAAAUUGGCUAUUUGGUGUUUACGGCACCAUUUAGCACAGUGAUAGGAACUCGGAAUAUUUCCUGCAGAAUACAGAAUACUUCCUGUACAGCGUACAUCUGCUUUGGUUGGUUUUGCAAUUUCAACAUCCUUGUUCUCAAGCUGUUGAAGUAUAGAUAGUAAUGCAUAGGCUUUUAAGUCUAAGCCCAAAGAGUAAGUACUUCAUUUGUAUAUACAUAUUGUGGUCUUCAGCAUCAUUCUUAUAAAUUGUAACAGUAAUAUUCCUAUGCAUGUGCAUGAACACAUAUAGCAAUACGAUUUUGAUAAUUUCAAAUGUAGAGACCUGUGAUUUGGUUUUUGAUGUGGAAAAUCCACCAGUAUGCAAUAAAACUGACACUUACCUGCAAUUGCCUUCAUAUGGAUGUGCACAAAGGUAUGGGUCCUGUGUACAGUUCAAAGCCAACUUCGAAACCAUUUGUGACGAUUUCUAUGAACCUGAUGUGGACUAUAUCUAUGUUCCCCACAACAGAAGUGACGGUAGUUUUUCAGACUUGAUCAACCAAAUCACAGUGUACGGUCAGCUCAUGUUAGAACCACUACAAGAAUGCAAAGAAAUUGCUCUGCACAUUCUGUGUCAUUACUACCUGCCCCCUUGUGGGAGACAGAAACAGUUCACUCCUCCUACAGCUGUCUGCUCUGAACAGUGCAGACUUUUACCUCAGCUUUGUCCCAAUGAGUGGGCCAUGGUUCUAGAACAGUUUGAGCUGAAUAGAAUCAUAAUAGAAAAUGUAGGACUCCAGCUGAUAGACUGUGACUUCCCCGGGAAAUACCUGACUCCUUUGCCACACUGCUGUACUGAGCUCAGUCUGAACAUCUCUUACUCCAACACAAGUAUCACCACUGAUGGACGGCGAAGACCAAGCAGCAAUGCUGUGUAUUACUACAUAGUAGCUUUUCUUUUUGGUGCUUGUGGGAUUGUAGCCCUUAUCUUCAUCACUCUGAUAUUGCUUAAAAGACGGCUAAAACAGAGAAGGAUCCGGAGAGUAAAGGUGGAAAACAGUUUAGAAGCCACUGCUCCCAAACUAGACAUAGAGGUAAGAGGAGAAACUGGCACCAUUUCUACCAUGUUGUCUGAGGUGAUACAAGAAAUGUCAGAGAAUAUGCUUCUUAUCCCUGGCAGUAGCAUUACUACUGGUGUCAUUAUUGGUGAAGGAGAGUCCGGAAUUGUGUACAGAGCAAUAUUACAUGGUUGGAAGGGCUACUACCACGACAUAGUAGCAGUGAAGACUUUGAAAGGGUUGUUUACAUCAAGUGAUCUGAGGAAAAUUGCACAGGAGAGUCAAAUAAUGGCCAAUUUCGAUCACCCAAAUGUAAUAAAGCUGUUAGGUUUGUCAAUCAGCAAAAACAAUUCACUCUUCGUCGUCAUGCCAUUAAUGGCACAAGGCAGUCUCCAGUCGUACCUGAGAAAAAACAGAUCAUCACUGACCAUAGAGGAUGAAGAUAUGGUAGAAGAAAGAAGCUCUAGACUUUUGUCCAUGUGUUUGCAAGUGGCAAAAGGAAUGGAGUAUCUAGCAAGUCAGAAAUUCAUCCAUCGAGAUCUUGCGGCAAGGAACUGCAUGAUUGAUCUGAAUAAUGUGAUAAAGGUCGCAGACUUUGGUCUCACAGAGGAUAUCUAUGCCAGAAAUUAUUUCAGACAAGUGUCAACACAAGAAGAUGGAGAUGUUCCAGUGAAGCUGCCAGUGAAGUGGAUGGCUCUGGAGAGUCUGAAUGAUGGAGUAUUCUCUGAGAAAACUGAUGUGUGGUCAUUUGGAGUGACAUGUUGGGAGGUGUUCUCAUUAGGGAGGAACCCUUACCCUGGAGUGGACCCCUUUUCUCUCAUCAGAUAUCUGGAGAGUGGAGAGAGACUGGACAAACCCCUCAAUGCUGCCUGCUCACAGGAAAUCUAUGAUAUGAUGAGGGGGGUGUUGGAGUAGGGAGCCAUGGAAGAGACCAAGUUUCUCUCAACUUGUGACUGUCAUUUCAACCAGUCUGGAGAAAAUGGCCGGAUAUCUGGACCUCAAUGGAACAUCUUAACUCCCCCACAAUAAUCUGACAGUGUACAUAGAAAAACAGUUUGUACUACUUAAUAAUUGAUAGUUAAUAGGAAUGUUGCUCAUCUUUUUAAAGACGGGUGACCACGUUUCAUGCAAUCUU